GGGCCCUGUCGCCUAAUGUCCUUCCCCCGCCUGCGCGCGGACUACGCUACCCAUAGCCCCUCGCGCGAGGCGGCCGGCGGCGGGCCGCUUGGCGGCGCGCAGGGCAUGCCGGGAGCUGUAGUGCCCGCUGCGGCGGCGGCUGUAACGGUCCCGCUGGUGGUACUGCCCCCCCUACCCCCCCCAUUCCCGGCUGGCGGCUGCGGGAGCAGCGGGAAGAGGAGGAGGAGGAGCGGGAGAGGGAGAGCUGCUGUACCGGCACAGGGGCCGCCGCCGCCCGAGCAGCCGCAGAGUUCCCGGUCUUCCACCAUGAAUCCUGUUUACAGCCCCGUCCAACCUGGGGCUCCCUAUGGAAACCCGAAGAACAUGGCCUAUACAGGUUAUCCAACAGGCUAUCCCACCGCUGCCCCAGCCUACAAUCCCAACAUGUAUCCAACCAGCAGCCCCGGCUACGCCCCAGCCACACUUCUGAUGAAGCAGGCCUGGCCCCAGACCUCCUCGUCCUGUGCCACCGAGGGCACCUUCCACCUCCCAGUGGACACCGGCACUGAGAACAGAACCUACCAGGCUUCUUCUGCAGCAUUCAGGUACACCGCGGGCACUCCCUACAAGGUGCCGCCGACCCAGAGCAACAACGCCCCUCCUCCCUACUCGCCGUCCCCGAACCCGUACCAAACCGCGAUGUACCCCAUCAGAAGUGCCUACCCACAGCAGAACCUGUACACCCAGGGAGCUUACUACACCCAGCCCGUGUACGCGGCGCAGCCUCACGUCAUCCACCACACCACGGUGGUGCAGCCCAACAGCAUCCCCUCGGCCAUCUACCCGGCGCCGGUGGCCGCGCCGCGCACCAACGGCGUGGCCAUGGGCAUGGUGGCGGGCACCACCAUGGCCAUGUCAGCAGGAACCUUGUUGACCACCCCCCAACACACCGCCAUCGGAGCACAUCCAGUGUCCGUGCCAACGUACAGGGCUCAAGGAACCCCCACCUACAGCUACGUACCUCCACACUGGUAAACCACUGGCCAAUCCAUAUCCGGAGUCAAACAUUGUAUGCAACUACACAAGUCUUACAUCGGCGCUGCGGCCGCCGGGCUGCAGCGCCUCGUCUGUUUGCAAGAACAAAAGAAAAAAAAAAAGUGCAAGGGUCACUUUAUGCAUUCUUUAGUGGUUUUUGUAAAAGCUGCUUUUUCUAAUCUUCUGCCUCUUUUUUUCCCCCUUCCUCCCCCUCCCACAUGAAUUGUGUAACACACAUACUGACACUGAGCAAUAGUCAAGUUCUCUCUUUGGUCCUAUCAUUUGAAAGCUCAGAAUCUUCACUUUUCCAGCAUUGCCCAGCUGAGUGGUGCAAAGAUCCCCCCACUUCUUGUUCGUUUGGGUUCUUUCUGUUAUUUUUCUGUUGUCGUUGUUGUUGACAAGAGCCUAGAUUUUUUUUGGCUAGUAAGAGUGGUUGAUGUUCAGGGUACUAUGUCAAAAGCACAGCGCUGGUAGGCAGGCUUAUUCCGAUUUGGUUUGGGUAUUUUUAGUUGAAGAAUAUAAAUUAUUCAAUCUUCCAUAACAUAUUACAAGAAAAUUGGUGUCUUCCAGAUAGCUGUCGUGAUAGAUUAUAAACGCAUUAUCUGCAGUGGAAUUCUGAACUCAUCCCUUCUUUUUGUAGGAGUAAGAGAAUAUAAAUAUAAUUAGUGACGUAACACACUUGUCUUAGGAAGCACGAGGACUGGUCACCAGCGGGUCUUUGGUCUGCUUUUUCCAACUGGGCAAACGGAUUGUGGGUGAUGGGAAGGGAGCAGCAGGAAGACACAUGCCUUGGGAGCAUCUUGGACCUCCUGGGAGAACGAGAUGCUCCCCCCCAGCCACAUCCUGGGGCAGUGUGAGGGAGAAGGUGGCUCCUUCCUUGUCUGGCUGCUGUUUGCCAGCAGAGAUGUGCUGGGCAGCUGCUGAGGGAAGCAAGGAGAUGUCCAAAGGCUGGGCUGAAGAGCAUCUCUAGGUCCAAGGGUUGAUCUGGAGAGCUUCUCCAGGUUUAGGAUUUGGUCUGAAGGGCUCCUCCAGGUUCAGAGUUUGGUCUGAAGACCUUCUCUCAGUUUAGGGUUUGGUUUGAAGAGCUCCUCCAGGUUCAGGGUUUGGUCUGAAGAGCUUCUCCAGAGUAUGGUGGUGUGGGAAAAGAGGGUGUCUGGUUGAUGGAGAUGAGUCUCUAAGGCAGGGCGAGGGGAAGAUGGGCAGCUUCACCUGGCACCCGUGGUGUUGGCAGGGCUGAGACCAAACCGCGCUGCCUGCGUGGCAGCUGAGGUGUCCCCCUCCCAUUCUUCGGGUUACAGCUCCAAGACUUCCAGGAGCAUUGUUCAUCCAAUCACAAAUACCAGCACCACAGAGAAAGGCCGGGGAGGGGGAGGAUGUCUGGCUGCUCUGCUUGGAGAAGUGGGAGAGGAGGAAGCAAUAGCAAUAAACACGUCGUCUUCUUCACGGGAAGGCACCUGAGAAGAGGUGACAGCAGGGAAGGUGAUCCACAGUUGACAUGGACCAGGAUGGAGGAUGCCAGGCACGCAGGGCUGUGGGCAUCAGGGUCAUUUCAGGGGGGUUUUGCUUACCCCAGGACAUGGGGACAGGAAGCUGGUGACAUCCCCCCUCGGGGUGUCCAAGUAGAGCAAUAAGUUGUCUUGAGGGCAGCAGAGGCAGUUUGGAUUUGCAGACAAUGUUUGUGGCCAGUUUGUUUUUAAAUCCUUGUCACUAAACCCAGCAUAGAAACAAGGUUUUUGGGAUUUUACUGGGGUUUUUUUAAGACAAAAGCUUGGUUGGGUUUUGAUUUUUGCCUCAAGUGUGCCAAAAGCGUUCGGUGGUGUCUCCCAGCUUGGCUUCUGCUGCCACUGGGAGGAGCUCCUGGAGCUCCUCCCCUUGAGCAUGGGCCAGGUGGGGAGUGACAAGCCUGGGGAUCCCAGGAGGACUUUCCCUCCCUCUGGUUGGUCCCAGGUGGUUUGUCAGGUUGGGUGUUGGCAUUGGCACUUCUGUUUGGGAGUCGUUUGGUUGACUGUGGGGGAAGACUGGAGACCAGUGCUGUGGGGUGGGGAAGGGGCACCCUUGGGCUGCACUUUGGGUUCAUAUAGAGGGAAAGGAGAAGGAAAAAAGAGAAAAAAGGGGGCAAUAAUUAGUGGGUUCUCCGUUUGGCUUGGCAAAGCCAAGGAUUAGUAAAGAGCAACAGGACCUUGGGAAAUAACACCACCACAUCGUCCUGCCACUGUUUGUAGCACAUUGCAGUUAAACCUGGGCCAAAAAUUCCCUGGUAGAUCCUAAGAAUUGAAGACUUCUGAGAUCCCCUUUUCCCCCUCUCACACUGUGUUACAUACCAGGAGUUGUCUGUCAGCACUGAGUCAGGUCUCCCAACAUAAUGGUGCUCUGGUUUGUGGGGUCCAGCGAGCUUUGGGAUCCCAGCCUGGGCUCUGCAAAUGACCUUUCCCAGCAGACACCAUCCCACCACUGUCCCAGACACCCUGCACCCUUUUGGGAACCACUGCUAAAAUUUUGGCCCAUGUGUGGAAAGGAGAUGUUGAGCUUUCUCCUGGAAGGAAAAAAAACCAUUAAAGGUGGUGGAGAAAGCCUCAGGAGCUGAGCAUGGUGGAUCACCCAGUGUUCCCACAGGGACAGUUGGGUUUUAAUUCCUUUGCUUGGAUCAAUAGCAGAUCCAGUGCUCCUCAUCCCAUUAUUCCCAGGCAGAAACACUCACUAACCAAGGUGUGGAGAAGUGACAUAUUUGCCACCUGUUGGACCAGAGGCUUUGGUGAGGACAUUUGGUUACCAGCCUUGAGCCACUGUGUGGAACCAGGGCCACCAUGUGGCUCUGGGGCCACCACACGGUGCCAGGCUUGGGUAGCCCCUUCCCAAGGUGGCUUUAUGGGGCUGUGGUGGUGGGGAGAUGCUCCCUGCCCUUUCCUUGAUCCCAAGUCCUUCCCUUGGUCAAGUCAUGGCUUAAAUGAGGGUCCUGGUAAGGUCACAGUGGGGGACACUGGUGGGGGGCCCCAGUUUCUCAAAUAAUUCAUUCCAGCAAACCUUUGCUGAUGUUUGUUAAGGAGCAAGGUUUUCCACAGUGAAGGGCCACAACAGGGCCUUAAUGGGGAAGAGCAGGAGGGGUUAAACCAUCCUUAGCAGCCUCUGAAGUGUCUGAGAUUAAAAUUCCUGCUAAAGAGGAAGGAAGAUAACUCUGAAUCAUUUACCCAUCCCUGCCCUUACCUUUACUUCAAAACACAAGCUGCGAUGUGAGAUUUGGGGGGAGAACAGGAUUUUACUGGUGGUGGUGACCCCCAAACCCCAGGAGCCCCUUGAAGCCUGAGGCCAUCAUGCCUCCAAGUGGCUGAACCCUCCAGGCAAGGAUUUGCUCCUGUAUUUUAUGAAUAAUAAAUCCUUCCGUUCAGCAUUGUUGCAGUUUUGGGAUGUAAUUCCCAGGAAAUGUUAUUUAAGGGAGUUGUUUUAAUGAGGGAUGUUCAGAACAUAGCUGGCAUCCCACUGAAUCUGGUCCUUCCCACAGAGACCCCCCUGACUCUGCCAUCCCCUCCUGCAUCCCCACAGGGAAUGUGGGAUGAUGUGGUCCCCAGCUGGAGGGCAUGAAAUGGGAUCCUGGUUUUUAGGGGGGGUGGAAAACAACAUUUGGGGCUUUAUUCUUGGUAAAAUCCAACCAGCCAACAAUAGCAAUAAGAGCUGCUGGAUACCCAUAAAUCCAGGUAUUUUUGGUUUGGGUUUUUUUUUAAUUGAAAAUAUUUUCAGGCCCUCCAACUCUCGUCCCCAAACUGUGGUGCCCUCUGCCCAUCUUCCCUUUGCUUUGCUCCUGAGCCAGGAUCAGCCUCCCAGUAUUUUCUCUGCUGUGUGAUAGCAUUCCCUUAGCGAAAAAAGGAAAAAUAAAGCCUGUGAUAGAGCUUGGGAGGGAGAAAAUCUUGGGAAACACGUUUCUGUGGCAUGUUGCACUGUGGCACUUGCAGAUUCUCUGGCAAUCAGGUAAAAGAAUUUGUGGGAAUGUGUGCAGGGCAGGAAUAGCAAAAUACUUCGUUUGACAGCAGCAAUUCCCAUUUGGAAGUGCUCAGCUGUGCUGCUUGUAGGGAAUAAUCUUGAUGCAACAUGGCCACCUGCAGCCUCCCUGCGUCCUUCUGCAAGAGAUGGAGCUGAGAGAUGGAAUUUUUCCGGGAGCAAAGGGGUUCAGGAUCAGGGGAGGGAGUUGUAGGGAAGCAUGGCGAGGUGUAGGAUCACACCCAAACCCUCCCAUUCCCACAACACGGCCUCAACCCACACCAGGCUCUCGCCCCUCUGUCCAUGUAAUUAAUUUUAAAUUAAUUUUGACUGACAGACCAGCUGGUUUUUAAGUAUUAUUGGAUCUCUUAAAUAAAAAUAAAUACCAAAAAAAAAUUCCCUGAAAGAACAACAACAAAACAAAUUUAAACCCAAGAGUAACCACGUCUUCCAAGUCUACAUCUCACAGGUGCAUAGGGAACAUGGCCUUGGACUGAUGCCCUGGAGAGCCCCACAGCCUCAGUUUGUCCAUCUGAAGUGUAAAUUUGGGGUUAUUUUCCCAUUUGUUUUCUGUUCUGGUUUUGGUUCUGAAGAUCAGGUCGUGAUCUCCCUGACAGAUUUCAGCCAAGAGUUUGUAACUGUACGAUAUUUACUGUAAGAUGUAGAACAUUCGAUAACUAUUAAAAUGUUUCCAAAAAAAAAAUUAAAUAAAUAAAUAAAAGAG